AUGGAUAAACAAAGAAUACCCAAACUUAAAAAUCAAUUUUUAGCACCAAAUUACUGCUUACUCCAUCAACCAUGCAGCAGUAAAGUUUUAAUUUAUAACCCUUUCAUAAGCUAUUUUUAUAAUGUUUUUUUAAUCUUACCAAAAAUUCUUUAUAUAUUAAAUUAAAUUGUUAUGCUGGCCAUCGGCUAAACCUAUAGCCGCCAAAAAAUGUCACCCUUUUGGAUUUCCGAUCCUGCACAAAGAUCAGUCCCCAGAGUAGAGCCACUACCUAUAGAGUGCCCCGAUGAGCACGAUGAGAGAAAGCCAUGUGAUAGGAUAUUUUGUCUAGCUCGUCUUGCAGAAACAGGUAAACCUUUAGAGGAGAAAGGCAUCAAUAUCACCAUUUUUUUUCUUUCUUUCUUUAUAAAAAGAGAGUUAAAUCAGCAUUUAAAUUUUGAAUUCCCGAUGCUUUAA